AUCUGAUGCGGUUUCUCUGCCGCACAUAUAACGAGUGGCCUUGGGUGCGCAGGUCCAGCGCAUCCCAAUGUCAUAGAGGAGCCUAUAUGCAGGGUAGCACGAUCAAGACACAGGCUAGAUUGCCCCUCUGAAGUUUGAUUUCUGUAUUUAUUUUUUAAAUGCACAACUCAACCUCCCUCCCUCUCCAUGAAAGAAUCACAUGUAAAAACAACGCACAGAGAGCCCUGGAUCUCACCAUCCUGUUCCUCCUCCUUUCUCUCGUUUCCUAUCGUCUCCUCUCCAUCAACCGCCACGGAUUCGCUUGGCUCGUUGCCUUCCUCUGUGAGUCGUGGUUCACUUUCGUAUGGGCUCUUGCAGUUAACGCUAAAUGGAAGAUAGUGAAGAACGAAACGUUUCCAGACCGCCUCUCCAAACAGGUGUCUGAGCUUCCAGCAGUGGACAUUUUUGUAACAACAGCAGACCCUGUGUUGGAGCCACCUAUGAUGACAGUAGACACUGUACUGUCGUUGUUGGCAGUUGAUUACCCAGCUCAUAAGCUUGCUUGCUAUGUGUCCGAUGAUGGCUGUUCGCCGCUUACCUUCUUCUCACUCGUCGAGGCGUCGAAGUUUGCAAGGCUCUGGGUUCCAUUCUGUAAGAUGUAUGGAGUCCAAGUUAGAGCACCCUUUAGAUAUUUCUCUGAUGAUCAGCCCAUGUGUCCUAGUGGCGGUGCUGUUCAUUCAUCAUUUGAGUUCCAACAAAAUUGGAAAAUGAUGAAGGAUGAGUACGAACAGCUCUGCCAGAAAGUAGAAGCAGCAUCCCAAAAACCUACGCCAUUUGAUCUCACCGGCGAAUUCGAGGUUUUCUCAAAUAUAGAACGCAAAAACCAUCCUACCAUAAUAAAGGUUAUAUGGGAAAAUAAAGAAAAUGUCCCCGAUGGAGCGCCCCAUCUCGUUUACAUAUCCCGAGAGAAGCGUCCAAAACAUCAACAUCACUACAAAGCAGGGGCCAUGAAUGUUCUGACCAGAGUGUCUGGGGUGAUGACAAAUGCUCCAUUCAUUCUGAACGUGGACUGUGAUAUGUAUGCCAACGAUCCCCAGAUUGUUCUUCAUGCCAUGUGUUUGCUGCUUGGUUUCGACAACAUAAGGUAUUCCGGAUUUGUCCAGUUUCCACCAGAAUUCAGCGGCGGAUCAAAGGUUCAACCAUUUGCAGACAUGUUUGUGGUUAUGCAGCAAUGCCUAUUAAGAGGGUUUGCGGGAAUUCAAGGAGCUCCCUAUUUAGGAGCUGGAUGUUUCCAUAGAAGAAAAAUAAUUUAUGGUUUACUGCCCGAUGACACCAAACUUGAAGGGCCAAAUUUUACCUCAGCAGACGUGAGGUUAUCAUCAGGAAAAUUGGCUGAUCUGAGCCUACAGAAAAUAUUUGGAAAGUCGAGUAAACUCUGCAAAUCAGCAUCUUACACUUUGUCAGAGAUGGGCACGAGGACAGAGUGUGUCCAGAGUCUUUCGGCUUCUGUGAAGGCAGCUUACCAAGUUGCAGGUUGCGACUACGACUAUGGUACAAGUUGGGGUACAAAGGUUGGAUGGGUGUAUGGAUCAAUAGCUGAAGACAGCCUCUUUGGAGUUACAAUCCAUUCAAGAGGCUGGGGCUCUGUCUACUGCACACCAAACCGGCCUGCAUUCCUUGGGUUUGCACUGCCAGGCGGGCCUACGGCAAUGGCGCAGCAAAAGCGAUGGGUCACGGGCUUUUUUGAAAUCCUUGCUAGCAGAAGCAGUCCAUUUGUUGCCAUCUUCGUCACAAAGCUUCAAUUUAGGCAAGGCUUGGCCUACCUUUGGUUUUUUACCUGGGGCUUGCGUUCUGUUCCUGAGCUAUGCUAUGCUGCUCUUCCAGCAUGUUGCAUUAUCUCAAACUCUUAUUUCUUGCCCAAGGUUCAUGAACCAGCCAUGUUCAUGCUGAUGGCCAUUUUUGCCCUUUACAACCUAUCCACUUUGUCAGAGUACAUUAGAACUGGCUUUAGUAUUCGUGCAUGGUGGAAGGGCCAAACGACAUUCAGAAUAAUCACAAUAUCUGCAUGGUUAUUUGGAGCUUUAAAUAUAACACUGAAGCUUCUGGGAGUUUCAGAGACAACAUUUGAAAUUACACGGAAGGGCAGAUCUACCCUCGACGAAGAUGGCAAGUAUGUUGAUCCCAGCGACUUCACCUUUGAUGAGUCCCUGGUUUUUGCACCGGGAACCACCCUUGUGCUGGUGCAUUUCGCUGCACUGGUUAUGGAAUUUUCAGGGUUCCAGCGGCCAUCGAGCCAUCACGGAAACGGGGCAGGGGUAGGGGAGAUUAUUUGCAGUCUGCUGGUGGUAAUAACCUUUUGGCCUUUCGUGAAAGGCCUAUUUGGAAGGGGAAGACAUGGGAUUCCCUCGUCCACCAUUUGGAAGUCAACAGUUGUGGCAUUUCUACUAUUGCAGCUCUGCAAAUGGGCCUCAGUGCAUGAGACGAACUAUUUAUAUUAGUUUAUCGGAAGGACAUAGUUUAUUUUGAGGUUGGUAAGGUCGUGGAUGCAUGGUGAGAAGAGUAAAAUUAUGUAGUUGAAUUUUAGAUUGGAAGGAUCGGUUUGAAUGUGUUGCCUUUGCAAUUUUAGCUUUAUGUAGUUCCACAUUUGCGUUAAUAACCAAUACUUGUCCUUUUUC